AUGGCAAUCGAUAAGACUUGGGUGACCAUGAGAAAUCGUAAGGAUCCAGCUUACUGGGAAGGUCUCCAAGUCUUUAUGGAACUUGCGUCUAAACACAAGGAUUGUGACGGAAGAAUUUUCUGUCCUUGUGUUAAAUGCAAGAAUACUAGAUUGCAUCCUUUGAAUACUGUGGAGGCACACAUGUUUACAAAGGGUUCCGAGAGUAGCUAUGAGAGGUGGAUUUACCAUGGGGAGCCAGAUGAACCUGUCGAGGCUAACAUCAAUGUCGAUGCGGAUGAGAUGGCUGGUGUCAUUGAAGAUUUCUUCCCUCCUAUACAUGACGACGAAAGAGCUGGUGAUGAUGAAAUGCAGAGGGGUCAGUAUUAUGAUGACAUGUUUGAGGAGAUUGAGGCAGAGUUGUAUCCUGGUUGCGACUGGAUAUCCUCCCUCAACUUUAUAGCAAAGUUGAUGCACUUGAAAAAUUUGGGAAAAAUACCAAAUUAUAUCUUUGAUGAAUUGUUGAAGUUGUUGAAGUUUGCAUUGCUGAAGGAGAAUAAAAUUCCUGCAACACACUAUGAGGCGAAGAAGAAAUUAGGAAAAUUAGGAUUUGGGUUAGAAUCAAUCCACGUGUGCGUGAACAAUUGUUGUUUGUUUCACAAUGAGCAUGCCUCGAAAUAUUUUUGCCCGGUGUGCGGGACCAGUAGAUGGAUUAAUGAGGAGACAAGCGGAAAAAAAGAAGCGCAUAAAGUGAUGCGCUACUUUCCGUUGACUCCUCGAUUGAAAAGAUUAUACAGUUCAAGACAUACAUCCAAAGAGAUGGUAUGGCAUCGUACUGGUCGUGUGAGAGAAAAUGGUGUUAUGCUUCAUCCUAUUGAUUCUGCCGCGUGGAAAGACUUUGACUCCAGACAUCCUGAUUUUGCAAGAGAUCCUCGGAAUGUUCGCCUAGGCUUAGCUGCUGAUGGAUUUAAUCCUUUUGGCAACAUGAGCCUCUCGUAUAGUAUGUGGCCUGUAGUGUUGGUGAAUUACAAUUUGCCACCUUGGAUGUGUAUGAAGGAUAACAAUUUCAUGUUGAGUCUCCUUAUUCCCGGACCGAAGUCACCUGGUAAGGACAUGGAUGUCUUUUUAAGGCCAUUGGUGGACGAGCUAAACGCAUUGUGA